GUACGCAGCAGUGCGCUGGGUCACGUGACCGUUAACAAACGCUCAAAUUUUAGCGCCUGCAAAUACGCGGGAACAUUAACGCGAAGUAGUAGCGCGAGCAGCUCGUUCGGCUGUUCCUUUUCACAAUAUACGUUCCACGGACGGCCAUAUCUUUUGAUAUCCUUUGCAACUUUCCGACAUAAACCCGCAGGACAGCUGCAUCCAAAAAUGGAACUCAGGGGAGCGCGUUCGGCCAAGAAGAGCUUGGUCACGCCGCGUACAUUAAUCCCUCGGCGGAGCUCUUCGGCCGAUGUGCGGAGCUCUAUGGGGGCGAUGACGGGUCGCAGCAGCCGGUCUGCCUGGACACCCGCCAUGUCCGGUGGACGAAACAGACGCUCGUCUAGCCUGUCUCAAGUGGAUCGUUUGAGCCAAGGUGCACAGAGACCAGCAAACCUGAAAGACCAGAGGGCCUUCCAUGACAAGGCCUACCUUUCCGAAUGUGUGGACAAGUUGUACACAUUUCUCAAGGAGCAGGGAUACCCUAACCACACCACUCCCCAGAUGUUGAGCAGAAUGUCUGCUAAGGAAUUUGAAAACGUCAUCACAUUUUUGAUAAAGUUCUUCGAGCCCAACUUCAAGCUGGGUGGCGGGCUGCGGAUGGAAGAUGUGGUGCUCGAGCAGCUGCGCCGGCUGGGUUAUCCGUACCCAUUGCACAAGAGCAUGCUGAUGGGAAUCGGUUCCCAACCGCACAAGGCCCUCGCCAUCAUCACCUGGCUGGCAGACUUGGCCAAGUACCACGACUCUGUAAACCCACUGAUGGACUUUUUUAGCGCAGGAGACUUUUCAACCUUCAGUCCUGGGCGGCACCAGGCUGGAGGAAGUGGUAUCUCGGCGGCGCUGCUGGAGCACUGCAUGAAUAAGAAAGAGAACAACGAUGACGAUGAUGACGACUUCGUAAACAACUUGGUGCUGGAAGCUGUUGGUGCCCUAGAGCCUAUGGAGGAGAUUCAGAAGAAGCUAGCAGAACAAGAGCAAGAGGUGCUAAGACUGACAGCCCUUGUGGAACAGCAAGAGAUGCGCAAUAAGGAGCUGCAGGAAAAGAAACAGAAAAUUCAGGGCUACGAGAAAUACUUUGAAGGCAUGGCUGCACACUUCGAAGAGAAGAGGGCAGAUGUGGCAAGGAAUGAAGAGAAGCUAGCUGCUCUUGAUGCCACCAGAGACAAAUUGAAGGAGGAGCUAGCUGAUGUGCAGGCACUGUGGCGACAGCAACGCACACGCCACGAGGACAAGCCCGCACUGCAGCAUCGACAGCAGCGGCUCCAACAGGACCUCUCAGCUGCACACUCUCAGCUCGAGGCACUCCGACAGCAGCAUGAACUCUCUGCCCUGCAGUUGUACAACGCAAACGAAAAGCUUCGCUCUGAAAACGCCCAACUACAGUCAAGCUUUGAGUUCUCUACCAACUACAUGCGCCGCGUGCUUCCACGAAACACGCUUGACGACUUUGACCUGCACCCUGUGGAGGAUGCACGAUCCCUCCAGAGGCACAUUGCCUCCAACGCUGCGGCCACUGCUAAGGUGGCCAACCUGCUCAGUCAAAUGGAGGAGGAACUGGAAGGCUGCAUUCGGCAGGACCAGGAUCUUUGUGAACAGUAUUUGUUCAAAGUCGAAGACCUGGAGCGUGAUCUGCAGCUGAAGCAAGAGCUCAUUGCCAAGCGCAAAUUGUACUUGGCAGAGCAGACAGCUGAUACGCGCAAAAACGCUCAAGACUUGGACAAGGAGUAUGCCGAGAUCUGCAAGGAAACCUCCGACCUUCAGCAGAAACAACUCUUCGACCCAGAGAUCAAGGCUGCCCAAGAGUCUGAAAAGCGCCUGGCUAACCUCCAGGAACUGUUGGCCGAGACCAAAUCUCGGCAAACUGAAACCAUAGCUGCCAGUGACGAUGCCCUGCAACAGUGCCAGGAGGCUGCAGCUGCCGCUCACAAGGAGAUCGUGGACACGAUGCAGCAAACGCACAACAGCGUCAUAGAUGCCAUUGAAGAAACUCGCAGAUUGAGAAAGAAAUAACAAUUCGUCCUAUA